GAAGUGCUGUGUAUACGCAAGGCUUGAUUAUAUUUUUGAUUCAACCACCUACAAAUAAAUUUAGGACCAUGGUGUCAUUAAAACAAUUACUGGUCUUCCUAAUAUCCUUGGUGGCUUUUGUAUAUACAUUUUAUGUGGUCGGAUCGUUUAUGCUUUUCUUGUCGCGUCCUCGAAAUGUACCAAAAAUUUAUGUGUGGGUGUUUAAUUUGCUGGACAACAAAUCUCGCUUGGAAACUAGUUACGGCCCAAUGGUGUUUGACACUCUCUACAUAAUUGGAUUUAUAUUACAACAUAGUUGUAUGAAGUCUGCGCUCGUAAAAGGUAUUAUGGAAAAGAUGGGACUGGCAGCAGCUGAGCGAUCAAUAUAUUGUCUUACGUCAUCGUUAAGUUUACAUUAUCUUGUACGACAUUGGUUACCUGCGCAGUCCAUAGUAAUUUGGCAGGUGGAUGUGGCGUCUAGUAAUGUGUUGUGGUGGACGUUUUCUUUGGUACAUGCAUUUGCUUGGAUGAUAAUUUAUGGAGGCAGCAUUAUCAUGGAUCUGCCAGAAAUACUGGGAGUAAAGCAGGCUUAUUAUGACAUGAAGGAUUAUGCGCAACCGUCCGCUUACAAAUCAUUUAGGCUGCGUCAACUCUAUAGUCAUGUACGUCAUCCGUCUUUUGUCGGAUUAAGUGUAAUCUUAUGGGCUACGAAUCUAAUGACUAUAGACAGAUUGUUGCUGGCACUGUUACUGACGACUUACAUGUUCUUCGCUUGGUCAACAGAUCGUAGUGAUGUUGCAUAUCAACGUAAUCAAUUUCAGCGCAAAGUGCAGGAGCUCAAAACCGAAUAGAGAUUUGCCAACACAAUAUGCGCAAGAUCAACGCAAUCUCAACACACAAAGCAUUAAUUAAAAUACAUCUUUCAUUGCAAUAAGUUAUAGUGCUUAAGAUUUAGAUAACAUCCACAUUUUUGUACUAAUAUACUAAUAAUAAAGUUUAUAAAAUAUCA